AUGUUCUCCAGACUCUCAGUCAAAUCCAUUAGACCAUUGGUCAGUUUCCGCUCUUUGAGCUCGGGGUUAACAUCCAUAUCUCCGGUGGAACAGUCCCACUUCAACCAGCUGGCUUCGUCGUGGUGGGAUGUGAAUGGACCACAAAGGAUUCUCCACAAGAUGAACCUGUUACGAAUGGACUUCAUUACGAACACGAUAAAGUCGCAUCUAGUACUGAAUGACUAUAAUAACAUGGUCAAUGUUGCAGAGGAGGAAAUCUACAUUCCUGGGUUUGAUGUAGGUCUGUUGGAUGAUGCCAUUGCUGAUAGUGUCUUACAGGACCAGGAAACAAGAAGGCAGGAAUUGCUUAGAGGCAUGAGGCUUAAAUGUCUCGAUAUUGGCUGUGGUGGUGGAAUUUUUAGUGAGAGUAUGGCAAGACUUCCUUACGUGGGAAGCGUGAAAGGAAUCGAUCUUUCAGAAGAGGUUCUUGCUGUUGCUAAGAACCAUGCGGCUUUAGACCCAAUCCUAGAAAAAAAGCUCUCGUACGACUUGCAAGCAGUCGAGCAGAUUGACGAAAGUCUAGAGCAAUACGAUGUGGUAUCCAUGUUUGAAAUGCUGGAGCAUGUGGACUAUCCUGCUGAGGUGCUGAAGUCUGCCAUCAGAUUAGUCAAGCCAGGUGGAUGGGUGUUUCUCUCCACCAUUAACAGGGAUUUUAUUUCGUGGUUUACCACCAUUGCUAUGGGUGAAUACGUGUUGAAAAUUGUUCCCAAAGGAACUCACACCCACUCGAAAUACAUCAACGAGAAGGAGAUUGAAGAGUGGUUUGACAAGAACCCGGAGUUCGAAGUCAAAGAGAGCAAAGGGUGUGUCUAUUUGCCAGCAUAUGGAUGGAAGUUUACGGAAAAUGAGCAUGUUGGAAAUUACUUUAUGGCGAUAAAGAGGGUGACGAAGUAG